CCCUAUCCAUCUUGUUAUAAAUUUGACUGGAUCUGGGAUUUUGAGGUAUCAGAGAAUGAGACAACAACUACUAAGAGUUUCAAGAACAACUCCUGGGACCUUUCUGUCCUUUAGCUUUUUUUUCUUCCAACCUAUUCUUUUUAAAGGUGUGUUAUAACAGACGAUAAGAUGGCUACGUCCGCCAGCGCCUGCUUGAGUAAAGUUGUAAAACAACGGUACAUGGAGCUCCCCCAGGGAGACAAGGUCCAGGCCAUGUACAUCUGGAUCGACGGCACCGGAGAGGGUCUUCGGUGCAAAACCCGAACGCUCGACUCCGAGCCCAAGAGCAUCGAAGAUCUCCCAGAGUGGAACUUCGAUGGCUCGAGCACCUACCAGUCGGAGGGCUCCAACAGCGACAUGUAUCUCAUUCCCGCCGCGAUGUUCCGUGACCCGUUCCGUAGAGACCCCAAUAAACUAGUGCUGUGCGAGGUGAUGAAGUACAACCACAAACCUACAGAAACAAACCUGCGACUGGCGUGCAACAAGGUGAUGGACAUGGUGAAGGACCAGCACCCCUGGUUCGGCAUGGAGCAGGAGUACACCAUUCUGGGCACCGACGGGCAUCCCUUUGGCUGGCCGUCCAAUGGGUUCCCCGGACCCCAAGGUCCAUACUACUGUGGCGUGGGGGCCGACAAGGCCUAUGGCAGAGACAUCGUGGAGGCUCAUUACAAAGCCUGCCUGUACGCCGGAGUGGACAUCUGUGGAACCAAUGCUGAAGUGAUGCCUGCACAGUGGGAGUUCCAGGUGGGGCCGACGGAGGGGAUCAAGAUGGGCGACCACCUGUGGGUGGCCCGCUUCAUCCUGCACCGCGUGUGCGAGGACUUUGGCGUGGUGGCGUCCUUCGACCCCAAGCCAAUCCAGGGCAACUGGAACGGCGCCGGCUGCCACACCAACUUCAGCACCAAGGAGAUGAGGGAGGAGGGUGGGCUGAAGGCCAUUGAGGAGUCCAUCGAGCGGCUGGGCAAGAGGCACCACUACCACAUCCGCGCCUACGACCCCAAGGGGGGUCUGGACAACGCCCGGCGGCUCACGGGCCGCCACGAGACCUCCAACAUCCACGAGUUCUCGGCGGGCGUGGCCAACCGCGGAGCCAGCAUCCGCAUCCCGCGCAGCGUGGGCCAGGAGCAGAAGGGCUACUUCGAGGACCGCCGCCCGUCCGCCAACUGCGACCCGUACGCCGUGACGGAGGCCCUGAUCCGCACCUGCCUGCUGGCGGAGGAGGGCGAGGAGCCCACGGAGUACUAGACCCACUGAAAACUCACACACACACACACACACACGCACGCACACAAACCCCACCGCCCACCUGUGUUUUAUCUGAGUUUACUUUGUAUUUUAUUUUUAACGGCUGAAAGGCGAACUAGUACUGUAUUCUUUUUCUUCCCUUGAAAUGAUAAAAAUGUAACCUGCUAGUUUUUUUUGAAUAUGGUCGACUUGCCAAGUGAAGAGGGUGGGGUGGGGGGGGGGUGUCUGGUUGGUAGCGGUGGGCAGGGUACACCUUCCCCCCCCCCCCCCGUGUGUUAGGGAGGGGUGGGAAGGAUUUCGUAACGUUUUUUUAAAAACUUGCUUAAUGAUGUAACGUAGUCUUUUCUAAACGACUAAAGCACAUGGACACUGAAGAGUAGAGCUGCUAUUGGCCGAACAUCAUGUGUAAUUUCUAAAAUGAGUCUUGACUAGUUUAACUGUUAUAUCGUGACCUGCCGUUUCCAACUAUCCAAUCUUAAAUGUUACUAAUACUUUUGAGAACUGUUUUUAUUUUUAAAUGGCACCAUUGGAGGUCUCCAGAUUUUUGGACAUGCUGGGUUUGUAAGUUCGUACGGUACACUUUGUAGAUGUUUGUACUCAUCAGACCUUUUUGUCUUAACAUCGUUCCCUUGCCAUUUGUAGAGUUUCUGUUCAACUCAUGAAGGAGUUUUAUCCUUUGUCUACUGCUAUAUUGUAAUUCACCUGAUUUGGUAAAAGCGUGAUUUUUACUGGACCUUUCUGUUUUCCUUGAAACAUUUAAAACUUAUUUUAUGACACGAA